CUCACUGCUCAAGUCACUUGUCUAGUGCGGCAGGUUGGGGAAGGAGGAGAGAUCUGACGAGGUCACGUUGUGAAGUAGCGCAGUGGCUUGUUGAUCUCCUUCACCCGACGUACAGCAUUAUUCCAACAUGGCGGAGGAAAUUGUCAUUGAAGUUUACCUUGUUCGCCACGGAGAAAGCACAGCGAAUGUGCACCCGUCCAUCGUUGGCGGUCGCUCCCAGCACGCCACACUAACCACCAAAGGGGCGAAGCAGGCGAAGGCCCUGGGGGCCUACCUCCGAGAUUAUCUGCAGCUGACCUUUGAUGCCGUGUAUGCAAGCUCGCUUGUCAGGGCGUAUGACACAGCUGCCAUCACAUGCCUGGAGCUAGGCAUCCCUGAGCGAGAGAUCCACGUGGCAGACGACCUGCAGGAGAUGAGCCAGGGCGAGUGGGAGGGCCGGCCGCGCGCCGAGGUUUACACGCCCGACGUUCUCGCUAGCAUGCCCGCAUUGCAACCUAACUUUACUGCGCCUGGGGGGGAGAGCCAACUUCAAGUCGAGACGCGGAUGCGUCACUUUGUUGAGGGGAUGAUCAAAGAGCAGUUACAAAUAGCUCGGAGAGACGGUCAGAACGGAGUCGUUCCGCAAACGGGGGGGUUGGGGAUGGGGCGAGAACAAGGGGGGGAAGUGGGGAAAAGUGAGCAGGAGCUGAGGGAAGAUGAGUUGUCGGCGUCGUUAGCGCUGUUGGAUUUGCGGAGGCAGGCAGCAAAGGGAAACGGUGCCCCAGAGGCAGGGGUGUCGCACCAUCCUGAUUCGGACCUAGGUACCGGGGUCAGUGAGCGGUCUGUACCGGAGGGGGCAGCAGGGCUGCAAACAAGCGCUCUGGAAGCGAACGGGGUUUCGGAUACGAGUGCGGGCGCUUUGGAGCGACCGGUGAGGGCGGCGGUGAGGCGGAGGGUCGCCCUGUUUGGUCACGGGAUGGCGAUCAAGUGCUUUCUGCGGGGCAUCCUUCAGUCGGAUCCCAAGAUGACGCAUAAGAUUUUUCUAGAGAAUAGUUCUGUCACGCUGUUGAAAUUUACAACUAACAGGGGCUGGCACGUGACGAAGGUCAACGACACCGCGCAUUUAGUGCUCGCCAGGAGAGCUCCGCAGGAGGAUCGGAAGGAAGUUGCGAAAUUGCCAGGAGGAACAUACAGAUACAGUACAUGAUUGCAUCGAAUACUAACCCUUCAUGCAAUGAGUUCUUGUGAUAGCUUAAUGCACAUGAGCCUUUACACAGCGCGG